AUGGCAGCUAAAGCAAUUGACUUUGACCCCUCGCAGCUUGAGGUGCACCUGAAUCAGGCUGCAAUCAAGUCCAAAGCAAAUCAAAUUAAAGCAAUUGCACUGGCCAUUGAUGACCAAUCGAGGAUUCGCGACCUUGUCCUUGCCGUGCGAUGCAUCGACUUGACAACACUUGGCGGCGAUGACACUGCCUGCAAUGUGAGUCGUCUAGUCUGGCGAGCCCUGAACCCCCUAAGUGCAGCCACUCUGGAGAAGUUGCAGCCGCUGGGCAUUGAACAGCCGGUGACCACUGCCGUCAUCUGUGGCUACCCGACUCGAGCGGCCGACUUUAAGCACUACCUCAAUCAGUGGCACUCUGACCUGCCGAUUGCCACCACCGUGGCUGGUUUCCCCGCCGGUCAGGGCACCGUGGAGGCGGCUCUCAGCGAGGUGCACUACGCCGUCAACAACGGCGCCUAUGAGAUUGACAUUGUCAUCAAUCGACCGCUGGCCAUUGACGGCCAGUGGAGGCAGUUGUACGAGGAGAUCAGAGCGGUGGCCGAGCUGAUGCGCCAAAAAGGCACCCGACUGAAGGUGAUCCUCAGCACCGGAGAGCUGGGCACGCUGGAGAACAUCUACAGGGCGGCCACGGUGGCCAUGUACGCAGGGGCAAACUUUGUGAAAACGAGCACCGGAAAAGAGUCACUGAAUGCGAAACUAGUCUACGGACUGGUCAUGACGCAGGCCAUUCGUGACUUCUAUCUGCGCACAGGACGAAAGGUCGGUCUGAAGCCGGCAGGUGGACUGAAGGACGGCGCCGAUGCCCUCUACUGGCUGACGCUGGUGCGAACUCAGCUGGGCCCAGAGUGGCUCAACAACAAACUGUUCCGACUCGGUGCCAGUGGAAUGCUUUCCAACAUUGAAAAAGAACUCUAUCACUUGACUCAGGGCGUAAAGGCAACCGCGGCUGAUUUGCUUUAUGUCUAA